AUGGACAACGACUCGUCACUUACAGGCCAAAAGCCUGUUCUCGCCGACACGCAUAACGAGCCGGAGCUUGUACGCGAUGCACAGGAGCGGCAUAAUGCUAGCGCCCAGCCCGGUACCGACGCCACUGGUGAUGCCAAGGUCUUGUCGGAAAGCUUCGCCAAUGAGAAGGAAAAUGGAAUGCAUGAUGUGCAACCCGGCCUGCACGAAGAAGACGAUAUCUCAGAAGACGAAGCCCUUCCUGAUGACCUAUUCGUGCCAUUCCCUCCUUUGAAGGGCGUCGCACCCGAAGCGAGUCCUCUUACAGUCCGCGCUGUGCUUAUUGGUAUCAUUCUUGGAUCGCUCUGCAAUGCCUCCAACGUCUAUCUCGGUCUCAAGACAGGCUUUACCUUCCCGGCGACCAUGUUUGGUGCCAUUUUCGGUUACGGUAUCGUUACCCUUCUCACAAAGGCUUUCCCUCACAUUUCUUUCCUUGGUGGACGCUUCGGCCCCCAAGAGAACUCGAUUGUCCAGGCUGCCGCCACUGGUGCAGGUGGUAUGAGCGGUCUGUUCGUCGCCGGUUUGCCUGCCAUGUACCGACUCAGCCUGCUUUCCGACAACCCCAAAGGCGACUUUACCCGCAUCCUCACAUUGACGAUUGUUUGCGCCCUUUUUGGUCUGUUCGCCGCCGUGCCUCUCCGAAAAUUCUUCAUCAUCAAUGUUUCGCGCGAGUUAAAUCUCGUCUUCCCUUCCCCAACUGCCACUGCCGUCGCUAUCCGAUCGAUGCACUCCGUCUCAUCUGGUGCAGCCGAUGCUAUGAAGAAGGUCAAGGCUCUCUUCUAUGCAUUCACCGGUGCCUUCGUCCACAUUAUCGUCUCCCAAUAUGCUGACGGCAUUCUGCACAACUGGCACAUCUUUUCAUGGUUCUAUAUCUGGAGCGGUUACUCCAACUGGGCGCAAAAUAUUGAUAACUGGGGCUGGUACAUCCAGCUUACCCCCGCCUUUUUUGGAUCUGGCAUACUUGUUGGUCUCAACACGGCUCUGUCCUGGUGGGGAGGUACUGUCGUUGCCUGGGGCUUGAUCGGACCUCUACUCGUUCACUAUGGCGAGUGUGUAGGCACCCGCCCUUAUCUAGAGGCCGAGGAUCCAGUCAUUGCAGAGAGAUGGGGUGUUGUUGCCAACUUUGGCAAGAUGACCGGCAUGGACCAGCCUGGCUGGAAAGCUUCUCCUCGUUACUGGAUGCUAUGGCCCGGCGUGAUGGUGCUCCUUGUUUACUCGCUGGUCGAAUUCUUCAUCCACAUCCGCGUUAUUUGGGAUGGCAUUCUCUUUGCGUUCCGCGAAAUGUCGGUGAGCAUCGACGGCGCGCUCAAGAAGCGUGGUAAGACGAGUGCGUUCUUCGAGAAGCAGGCCGGCAAGGUCAAUGACGAAAAUAGCCUUACCAAAGACUUUGCCACCCCCGAACAGCAGGUGCCCGUCUACGUGUGGCUUCCUGGUACCAUCACUAUGAUGGUUGUCGCCUGCCUUGUUUGCCACUUCCAGUUCCAGAUGAAUGCUGGUCUAGCAAUUGUUGCAUGCCUUCUCGGUAUCAUCUUUGCCUUUAUGAGUAUCUAUGGCGGUGCCGUCACUGAUGUUACUCCCCUGACUGCUUCCUCUAAGGCCUCUCAGCUCGUCUUUGGUGGCAUUACCAAGGGUACCGAGAUAAAGCAUGCUCAGCGCAUCAACUUGAUCGCUGGAAACAUUGCCACUGGAACGGCCGAUGUCGCCACGUCUCUUGUUAGCGAUUUCCGUGUCGGUUUUCUCCUGCAGACACCCCCUCACCUCCAGUUCUAUGCUCAGGGUAUAGGCGCCAUUGUUUCCAUCUUUCUGGCACCAGGGAUCUUCGUCCUCUUUAUGGCUGCUUACCCCUGUGUCUGGGAUCCCGCGAAACAAGAUGGCACAUGCCCCUUUGCAGCUCCCUCCGUUGCUGCUUGGGUGGCUGUUGCCCAGGCUGUCACUAUGCCGAACGUGCCCAUUCCGCUCAAGGCCGGCAUCUUCGCCAUUGUUCUCGGAGUAUUCGCAGCAUGCCAGGCUCUAUUCAAGAAUUUUUAUCUAGUAGGCUCUCGCGCCAAGUACCGUGCCUAUCUGCCCAACUGGAUGGCUAUUGGUGUCGCCUGGGUCUUAGGUCCCGACUCUGGAUAUGCUAACGCUGUCCUGUUUGGAUCCAUCACUGCCUGGUGGUGGAGAAAAUAUUUCCGCAACAACUUUGAGGCCUAUGGCUUCGCCAUCGCUGCCGGUCUUAUUGCUGGCGAGGGCCUCGCUGGCGUCGUCAACGCUGCGAUCACUCUCGGUGGUGCUGACGGCGAAACGAAGGGUACGCACGCUGCUCUUCCGGGACAGAAGUGGUGA